UUUGUCAAAUGUUUGCCUUUAUUUUGACAUCUUCUGCUACAUGAAUUGAAUACGCGCAAUUGCAACCAAAUGAUUUGGUAACCCAAGGUGCUUUAAAAUUUGCAAGAAAUUCUCGAGUUUGGAAGCCUCUAUUCUUCUUGUCACCUACAUCUGAUAUAAUAAUUUCAUGAACGUCAGCGCACUGUUUGUAACAAUAACUUACAUUCUACCAUAAUGGUAAAAUCAUUGCCAUUUUGCUGAGCAGAUAUUGAAGGACGCUGUCUAAGACCGAUACAUAUCGAAAGAAACUUCAUGUUGUUUGGAAGCAAUCUUUGCGAGGAUAAGAGCGCGCCAUUUGGGUUGUCUUUGACAACUGCAACUAUAUCAACAAUCCUGUGUGUUAUAACUGUACCAGGGAAUGUCCUGAUUUGUCUGGCAAUCGUCAAAGAUCCGAAUAAAGAACUUCGAUCUUCAUUCAACUACCUCGUUCUCAAUCUGGCUGUGGCUGAUCUUAUCACAGGUAUAUGCACGGAACCAGUAUUUGUCGUGUUUCACGUCAGAGAAGCUUUAAAAUACGACGUAAUGAGCCGCGUAGAGGUCGUUCAUAUAGCCUACUUCAUCAAUUGCACUGCCUCUAUGCUUAGCAUAGCAGCUCUGGCUACUGAGCGUUACCUAACAGUUACUUCCACCUAUAGGCGAAGCUGUUCUCGAUCAAGAACAGUAACGAUCUCCAUCGGCAUCUGGAUUUUCUCAGUUUCUGUUUCUUUCAUUUACUUUGCAACUGGUUUUUACACUUUCGUCUUUGUGUUUGCUAACACUACUGUGGUGGACACCUUAAUCAUUAUUACAUUUGCAUACAUCAGAAUCUACCAAAGUCUUCACGCGUAUGUUGGAAAUGAAGAAUCCACACGAAGUGAUCGAAUGAUGGAACAGAGAGUCAAAUAUGAGAAGAAAGCAACAAGAUCAUUCCUGUUUGUCCUCUUCGUGUUCGUUUGCUGCAAUGUAUCUUCUUGCAUCAUCGUCUAUAUCAUUCUACUUUGCAACGUGUGCAGUUGUGACGUCAUUCACUGGUUACGAGACUUUCAGUUUCUAAUGGCCCUGAUUAACUGUUCAGCUAACCAGUUCUUGUAUGCAUGGCGCAUGCCCACUUUCAAAAGAGCUUUUAAAGUGCUUUUGAGAACUAAGGAAAGGCGUGUUGAGUGUAAUCAACUCUCCUUGGGGACUGAGAUGACCCAAUCCCGCACCGAAAACACAAAGUAAACUGGUCAGCAGUGCUAUUGUCUCAAUAUACAGUACGUCGAUUCAGCACAACACAAUGUCUCAAUACACUAUAUAAUCUAGCUCUACAACUUCGAGGGCGUCAAAGGGGUUAACUGUAAGCCGUAAAACGGCCAAAAAAAUUUAGCCAUUAGACGUAUAAAUUGGGAAAUUUUAACCAUUGGUCUUAAAAAAAAAGUUAACCGUGAAAACAUUUCUAAAGACCACGAUGGAAAGAUAUAUACAGUUGGCCGUAAAAUAGCCAAAAUUUUGAACCAUUGAGACCCUCAACUUCGUCUAAGUACACUUCUUUGUAAAAAUGCACUAGUUUGUCUCAGCACACUAGGUUUUCUCAGCGAUACCCAAUAUACUAGAUCUGAAGCCGGAUACUUCGAAUGAUCGCCUGCACAAAUUGACCACAAGCUUAAGGGUUAUAAUCUUCUGGAUUGACUUAAUCGAUGAAAUAACGAAAGCUCUAGGUGAAGGAAAUUAUGCUCUAUCUUUAGUUGUAGACGUUAAUAAAAAAUUAAAUAGGUUCAAGCGAUCAUUUUUUUCAGCGUCAAAAACUCGAUGUACACUGGGUACCCGAGUCAUCUGAAACCAUUGAUUUAGGUAUUAUUCAACGGCCGAGAGAAAGCGAACGAUAUUUGCUACUUGGGUCUAAUUUUCUGCUCUUAAACUCUGGUCUAUCACAAGAGUUGGUCCUUAAUUGGAUCAUUCCUCUUUCUAAUUCAUGUAACUGAUAAUAUAACGAUUACUUGCUUAUGAUGCAUCCGUAACAGAUGAAAGAUUUCAACGCUUGCAUUUGUCAGAAGUACGUAGCUCUAAUUGCAAUGGAGAGCCUUUAGUAGAACAGAUGUGUAAAGCUAGGAAAGAUAUCUCAAGAUAGGUAUCACCAUAAAACAUUACCAUC